UGCAAGGAAAAGCAAUCGUGCCUGGCAACAAUGAGGUAUUUUCACUUCUGUAAGCUUCCAGGGAGAGUUAUGGGAAUCCGCCUGCUUCGCUUCACUUCUGUGGUGAUCAUCGUCUUGCUUCUCGUAGCGGGUGCUUUGACAGCUUUGCUUCCCAGUAUCAAAGAUGACAAAAUGCCCAAUUUGAGAAGGGAGCCAAAAGCCCUGAGUCAGCCUGCCUUGGAUGCAUUUACUCUCAUUAUGCAGACUUACAACAGGACUGACUUGCUGCUAAAACUGUUAAAUCACUACCAAGCCAUUCCCCAUCUGCACAAGGUAAUUGUUGUCUGGAACAACGUUGGCGAGAAGAUACCAGAGGACACGUGGAAUUCCCUGGGGCCUCAUCCUGUCCCGGUUGUCUUUAAAGUUCAAACAGUAAAUCGCAUGAGGAACCGACUCCAGAAUUUUCCUGAGCUGGAAACAAAAGCUGUUUUAAUGAUGGAUGAUGAUACACUAGUCAGUGCCCAUGACCUUGCUUUUGCCUUCUCUGUUUGGCAGCAAUUUCCAGAGCAGAUAGUGGGAUUUGUUCCUAGAAAGCACAUUUCUACUCCUUCGGGUGUAUACACGUACGGCAGCUUUGAGUUGCAGAGCCCUGGGUCUGGAAAGGGAGACCAGUACUCUAUGGUUCUCAUUGGCGCAGCGUUUUUCCACAGUGGCUACCUGGAGGACUUCCAGAAACAGCCAGAAGCCGUUUAUGCCUUAAUAGAUGAAACUCAGAAUUGUGAUGAUAUUGCCAUGAAUUUUUUAGUAGCAAAGAAUACUGGAAAGUCUUCAGGAGUGUUUGUAAAACCUGUUGAUAUAAGAAAUUUAGAAAAAGACACUAACAGUGGCUAUUCUGGAAUGUGGCACAGAGCAGAGCAUUUGUUGCAGAGAUCUUACUGUGUAAACAAGCUGGUUAAUAUUUAUGAUGGCAUGCCCUUAAAAUAUUCUAAUAUUAUGAUUUCUCAGUUUGGUUUUCCUAAUUAUGCCAAUCACAAAAAUAAAAUGUAAGCUCAUCUGCUUAAGAAGGCAGAUGUUAAACAAUACUCUGUGAAUUGUACUACGUGCAAGGAGAUAAGUGUAGAUUACUGCAUUUUGGUCAUCCAUAUUCAUAG